AUGGUUGCUUUCAGAGACGUUGAAAAUCUUUGCUCUAGUGUUCACGCGCUUUCGAACAUCUAUGAGCGCCGUGCUACAACCGUGGAUCUGGAUGAUGCAAAGAGCGAUUCUGAUGAGGAAGCUGUUGUGGAUGCUGGCAUAUUUGAUGCUGCCGCAGAACCA